AUGGCACUUCGUUUUGAUGGAAGAGUAGCGAUUGUGACAGGAGCUGGUGGUGGGCUCGGCAGAAAGCAUGCCUUGGAGCUUGCUAAACAAGAAUGCAAAGUUGUAUCACGAAAAUACUCCAUAAUAAUGCAAAACACAUUACCGGUUUGGUGCGCUUUCGACCGUGUCCCACAUGAGCUGUUAUGGAUGUCCAUGAGGUCGCAUAGAGUACCAGAAGAAUAUGUGCGGUGGACUAAGCUACUUUAUGCGAAGCCUACCAGCGUUGUACGAUUUGCUGCUGGAACAAGCAGGCCAUUCCCUGUACAAGUAGGGGUUCAUCAGGGUUCAUCCCUCUCACCUCUGCUGUUCAUACUGUGCAUGGACACGAUAACGAAGGAAAUCCAGAAGCAGCAUCCGUGGACUCUACUCUUUGCCGACGAUGUCAUGCUCGCGGCGGAGUCUCGAGAUGAUCUUCAGAAACAAGUACAGUCUUGGAAGGAUCAACUGCAGCAAUAUGGAUUGCGCCUCAACACAUCAAAAACUGAGUACAUGGAGUGCGGACCAAGGAUAGAGGAUGGUUCAAUUCGUGUCGAUGGCACCGAAUUAAACAAGGUGAACUGUUUCAAGUACCUUGGAUCCAAAGUGACUUCCACAGGCGACAUUGAUCAAGAAGUCGAAGAUCUACAGGACGGUUGUGCGUCCUGUUGCGAGUGCUGGCCGACGACGAAAGCCUUGGAAAGAGUACUGCACGCUAUGGAAAUGCGGAUGUUAAGGUGGACAAUAGGUGUAACGCUAAAAGAGAAAGUAUCCAACGACACUGUGCGCUCCAUCUUCGGCGUCGUCCCGAUAACUGAGAAGAUGAAGGAGGCCCGACUGAGAUGGUUCGGUCACGUCUUGCGGCGAGAGGAAGAUUCUGUGGCCCAAACCGCACUGAAGCUCGACGUUUCAGGAGUGAGGCCGCGUGGGAGGCCAAAGAUUCGCUGGUUAGACCGUGUGAAGCUGGAUAUGAUAGAUGCACAUUUGUGUACGGCUGAUGCAAUGGAUAGAACCAAAUGGAAGACAAGAAGCAGAAAAGCGGACCCUGCAACAAUGCGGGACAAACGCUAG